UUCCACUCGACUCUCUCUCUCUCUCUCUCUCUCUCUCCCCUCUUUCUCCCUUUUCUUUUUUUUUUUUAAUGAUUUGUAAUUCAGAUCGAGUCUGAGUUAAUCCCGGUGCCGCGCCGAUGAUAGGGUUUAUCCAGUUUUUCAUUUUUUUCGUUUUUGGUGGUUGGGUGAGGGUAAAUUUUAUUUUUGUUGUAAGAAUUCUGAAGAUUAAUUUAAUUUUGGGGUAGUUGCUGGAAUUGCAAAUGUUACACGGAUUAAUGGAUGAUGAAGCUUUGAUCUUUUUGAGUUGGGUGUUUAUGGAUGUUAUGAUCUGUUAUUUGGCUUGAAUUGUUGGCAGCUUAGGCAGAAUAUGCAUCAGAAAAAAUUUCAAGCUUGGGCUAAUUGCUAAAAAUCUUUUCGAAAUUAUUUCUUAUAUUUUUUCCUCAGAGAUUUUUUGGAUGUAGGAAUUUGCUGAGUGCAUGGAUGAGUAAUGGCAUUCGCAGAAGCUAGGGCUGCUUGGCAGAGAACGGCCAACAGAUGCUUGGUCCAAGAAGAUGCGAAAAGAGCUCCUAAAUUGGCUUGUUGCUCAUCAUCAGUGCCCCCUUCUGUUAAACAGGCUGAGACUGGACCUACAGGUGCAGCUGGUGGCCAAGACAUUCCUAACUCCCCCUCUCUGCCGUUUAAUCACUAUCCUUCCUAUUCUAAUCUAUCUCCAAAUUCAAGAUGGUGGCUUCAGCUGCAACCCAAUUAUGGGUAUCAGAAGGGUUUGACGGAUGAACAGUUUACUUCCACGGAAGGUAAAAUUGGAACCUGCCAGAUCCAAGAAAACUCAGGAGACGUUGCAAGCAAUGUUGUUGAUCGGACUUCCCAUGUCGAAUCUUCCUUUGAUAACCAGUUUGGCAAGGAAGAAUUUUCAGUUGAAGAUGGAAAGUUUGGAACAUUCUGUGGCCGGGAUUGCCAAGAUCCUCUCAAGCUUGAAGUCAAGGAGGAUUUUCGAGAACUAAGAGGCGAAGAUCUUUUUUGUUGUGAAGUUUCAAAAAACGCCAAUGAUCUUUAUUUAGAUUCGGAAUUGUCCUGGAUUGGGCCUGAGAAAAAUACUCCAUGGUGGCGAACUGCAGAUACUGAGGAGUUGGCUUUAUUAGUUGCACAAAGAUCGCUUGAUCUUAUAGAGAAUUGUGACCUUCCCAGGCCCCAGAAUACUCAUUUCACGAAGGAUCUUAGAAUCAAUGCAUCCUGUUACAGUCAUGAUCAAAUUUCCACCUCACCACUGGAUCGAAAGCCUGGAAUUGGGAGUCACAACCAUUGUGGUGCUCAUGAUUCUACCCCAGUCAGCCUGACUGCUGGAAGUUCUUGCCGACAACUUAGAAUGUCAGCUAGAGAUCAAUUAGUAUCUGUAGUAGGCAAGCCAUUAAGUGUUGUGACUUGCGAACGGAAAAUCAGGGAUAGCCCAACUAAUGAGAGAAUGCCUGAGCUGCCUGGACUUGAUGAUGAUGCAAGCAAGGCUCGACUACUGGAAGCACUUCGUCAUUCUCAGACACGCGCCAGAGAAGCCGAGCAUGUAGCGGAACAGGCUUGUGUGGAGAAAGAUCAUGUUGUCAAGCUUGUAUUCAGACAGGCAUCACAGCUCUUUGCCUAUAAACAGUGGGUCCAUCUUCUGCAACUGGAGAACAUGUAUUUCCAGUUCAAGAACGCCAAAGCUCAGACAUCAUCGGCUGUCAUUCCUGUAGUGUUACCUUGGACACCUCUAAGAACUAGGAAAAUGAGGAAAAGCUGGCAAAAAUCGUCCAGUAGAAAAAGGGCCAGACGGCCUCGUCCACAGAUACAUGAUUUGGGCAGACAUGCAUUUGUUUUUGCGUUAGGGUUGGGGCUUAUUGGCGCCGGUUUGUUACUGGGGUGGACCAUUGGGUGGCUGCUGCCUACCUGGUGAUGAUGGAUCUACUGCUGUCUUAAGGAUUUGUGGAUUUAGGUGUAUUACAGGGUUUUAUAGAGCUGUAUUGCCCUCUCCCUAUCUUGUACAUAAGAAGUACAUGUAAAUUUAACGUUUUAUGUCCUUAAUUUCACCUUUCUCAAUAUGAGCGCAGUCAUUCAAACUUUGUGUAAGUUGCAGCAAAAGACUUUUGUGUAUAUAAAUGGCAUUGUGGGUGGAGUUGUAUGGCUC